CUCUGUCUGCCGGCUGACAAGAAAACCCUCAGCUGCAGAGAAGCAGCUUUCACACUGCAGCUCUGCAGCUCUGCAGCUGUAAGGACGUACGCCGACAACAUGCUGCUGUCCAGCUGCUGGGUGGCUGCGCUGCUGCUGCUGCUGCUUCUGCCGGCUGACACUCAGGCUCAGAGCGGAGACGGAGACACCGACACAGAGCCCAAAAUCCUCUGCAGCUCUGACAUCCUGAUAAAAGGCAGCAGUCUGAGCUGUCGACUGCUCGGAGGCAGGAACAACAACGAGGACGACGAAGACGCCGAGGGCGACCGCAUCAUGAACAUGACAGUUUGCUACUCGAACUACUAUGAGAAUAGGAUCAAGUGUUUGAGUGUUGGAGGAGACGUGGUGAACUCCAGAGAGCUGACUCCGGUUGUUCCUGUGAAUGUGACCGUCCACCUGCAGAGAGGAGGAACCGUUACCACCACCGUCAACCUGGGGAAGAUCGUUAAACCGAGAAGUCCUCAGGUGAAGAACGUCACUUUCAACAAGGAGGAGAACCAGGCCGUGAUCCGUGUUCAGACUCCGUACAUCAGAGAUUACCUGAGACUAGACAACCAACUCUUCCAGCUGCACAUCUGGAACGGAGGCAGCACAAUCAUUCAGAACAUCUCAUCAGACACUCUGGUGAUCGACAUGGACUUCCUCAAAAAACAAACUAAGUAUCAGGUCAAAGUGCGAGCGCUGCCGGUGAGCAGUCUGCAGGGAACCUGGAGCGACUGGAGUCAAACGACCACAUUCUUCACUCCCCCGGAAGAAAACACCCCCCACCAGCUGGAUGAGAAACUGAUUGUGUGUCUCAUCGUUCUGGUGAUUGUCCCUUCAAGUGUCGUUUUCUUCCUGAAAAACAAAAUAUUCACCUGUGUGUGGCCGAACAUCCCUCACCCCAAACACACUCUGGUGCACAUCUGCAAGCCCAAUAAAGGCCUCCUGUUGAACUUUAAACCGGAGGUGUUCAGUGCCCUUAAAUUGGAGAGAACAGCGGAGCAGCCGUGUGAAACCGAGUCUUCGCUCGCUGCCAGCGGUGCCCAUUCAAACGCUCCCAGCUCCACCCAGAGCUCCGACUGCUCCCAGAGCGCUUCCAGUGUCGACACAGAGGAGCUGGAGCUGUCCGCCCUGCUGAGCAGGGGCUCCGUCCACGGAGAGGACAGCCUCCACGGAGAGGACAGCCUUCACGGAGAAGACAGCCUUCACGGAGAGGACAGCCUCCACGGAGAGGACAGCCUUCACGGAGAAGACAGCCUCCAUGGAGAGGACAGCCUCCAUGGAGAUGACAGCGUCCAGAGCAACAGUCCGUCCCCCGGGCAGAGAGCUCACACUCCUCCGUCUGAUGGAGGACACGAGUACGUCACCAUGUCCAGUUUCUAUCAGAUCAAGUAGUUCAGGAGGAGAAAGAGGAACAGGAUCUUUAUCAAACUGCUGAGAAUGUUUCCAAUCAGGAGAGGACACAAAAUGAUAGAAAGGUGAAGCCCUGCCUCUUCCUGUGUCCACAAUGGGACUUUAUUUCAGUAAAAAUGGGUCCGGUAGACAAUGUUUAACCUACGACAAACUGAGACUUUCUUCAUUUGAUAAAUUAUCUUUUAAACUGACAAACAUCAGCUGUGUAUUUCAUGGCUCAAUUCAAACCAUACAAUAUGGUGGACACAGGAAGGGGCUGGACUUUUCCUCUCUAUUUAAUGGAUAAGAAAAAAAAUUGACCUAGCAUCUGUGACGUUGCCCAUUAGUUCGUGGACUGCUGUUUUGAAGCCUCAAUUUUGGGGAUACGGCCAGCGCCAUCGUGUUGUGAUGUGAUGAUUUUUGCAGAGAGAGAGGGUGGAGCUGGAUGACCCAGCCCAGCCAGUUUUGUUUAUUUGCGGUGCGAAAGCCUUGAAAAAUCGGCCACUUUAUCACCGUGUGAAACUUUCCCAGUAUGUAAAAGUGAAGGAU